UUUGUCUCGACGCCGCCGCGAGUUUUAACAAUUUCACGGCGUCGUCAACAAAGGUGUUUUUACAAGGUUUUUCUGUGUAUUGAGUGUAUAAUAUGGCUGAAGAAACCAUAAGCACCAAGCCUAUAAAAAGCACUAUCAUCAUGUCGUGGACAGAUGAAAAGGAUGUAAUUUUCUGCAGAGAGAUUUUGGUGUCCAAGCUUUUUGUGACAAAGAAAUCUUCGCCUGAAAGAGGGCAAGUCUGGAAUGACAUUGCAGACAGAUUGUGUCAGCUACAGCAACCAAAUUUCCGGGUGAAUCAAAAAUCGGUACGGGAUCACUACAAGAAGUUAGUGGCAGGAUACAAAAGAAAAAUGCGAGAUGAGUUAAAUGCAAGUGGAAUAAGUCCUGAACAAACUGAGAUUGAUAUAUUAUUGGAAGAAAUAGUGGAAAGAGAAGCAGCACAAGUGGCAGAGAAAGAAAAUAUUGAUAAUGAAAACAACAGGAGAAUGGAAGCUGAAAAGGUGGCAGCAGAUGAUAUUAGAAGGAAAGCCAUGGAGACUUUGGCACAAACAAACAAGCGAAAAGCUGAAGAAAGCAAUGAAACACCAAAGAAGAAAAGACGAAGCAGUGGCAGUGAAACAAUCGCUUACUUGCAAGAGAAGACAGAGAUUGAAAUGGAGCUGAGAAAGGAAGAAAUGGAGAUUAAAAGAGCAGAAGUAGAAUUGGAAAAAAACAAAAUGGAGCAACAAAUGAAGCAGCAAGCCACCUUAUUUGAGCAGCAGGGUAAUAUGAUGCAGGCAAUGAUGGAGCAGCAACAACAGCAACAACAACAAAUGCAAGCCUUGCAAAUGCUAGUUCUCCAACAACAACAGCAACAGAGUCAAGCAUUGAUUGCACUUCUUGAUAAACUAUCCAAGUAAGCUUGUAGUUUAAAUUGUUAAUAAAAUAUGGUAUAUGAAAUACAUAUAAUUAAAUUAAUCAAAUUGAGAAAAUGUUCAGAAUUUAUGUACAAAUUGUUAUUUAUAAAAAAGUUAUAAUUAAAUUAC